AGAAAGACCUACUUUCAUGCUUCAAGGUAAAGAGAGACCAACUAGAUCACGUUUGUGUUGGAGGGUAAGUUUAGAGACACAAGGAAAAAGCAGAGCAGCUCAUUCAACAGUGUGUGAAAGUUCAGGAAAUGCUGACCAAGGUUGUGUUAGCUUCAUGCGUGGUGCUGUGGGUCAGUUCUACCUCGGCUCAGGAGCCAUUCAUGACCAGAGCCCUUCAGCUGAUGUCUGAGACGCCGCUCAUCGAUGGCCAUAACGACCUGCCCUGGCAGCUUCUGGCGCAGUUCAACAAUGAGCUCAACAAAGUGGAUCUUCACACACUGCAGACAACACACACCAACAUCCCUAAGAUCAAGCAGGGACGGCUUGGUGCACAGUUCUGGUCAGCUUUUGUGCCCUGUGACACUCAGUACAAAGAUGCUGUCAGACAAACACUGGAGCAGAUAGAUGUGGUCCACAGGAUGUGCCUGAAAUACCCAGAAACCUUCAUGUUUGCCACCAGCAGCCAAGAAAUCAUGGACGCCUUCAGAAUGAACAAGACAGCCAGUCUGAUCGGGGUGGAGGGCGGUCACUCCAUCGACAGCAGCCUGGGCACCCUGCGCACCAUGUACCACCUGGGGGUCCGAUACCUCACACUCACGCACUCCUGCAACACACCCUGGGCAGAUAACUGGCUUGUUGACACUGGAUCAGAACAAUCUGAGCACAAAGGUCUGUCUCCUUUUGGCAAGCAACUAAUUUUGGAAAUGAACCGUUUGGGGAUGCUGAUCGAUCUGGCUCACGUGACUGUAGCA